CCCGGGUUGUGUGGUGGUUUCAUUUAUUUAUUUGUUUUUAAUCCUCGUCUAAAUGAUGUGCUUCUUCCCGACUCACUCUUUACUGUCAUUCUGUUUUGUUUUUUUCUCUGCUCAUUUUUGUAUGUGUCACCGAGCCUGACAGUCCUCACGUUUUGAAAGCGGAUGUUACAAUGUAGAGACAUUUUAACACAGUUCUGCUUUGAAGGAAUCAGUUUUAGUUCUGUCCGGAGAAAUGUUACAGAUUUUUCUCAGGAUUCAGUGAAUGACUCAACCUUUUCUUGCCAAGAAAUCUGUUAAGAAAUCGUUCAUAAUCAUUGUAUUCACUGCUCUGCUUUCUCAAGCUGCUAUUCCAGAUCUUCGUACUCAGAUACUGUGUCAAGAUGGAACGAGAGUGUAUGGGCAAGAUCAACAGUUACUGUCAAAGGAAUAAAUUACAGCUUGAUUAUGUCACCGUGGACAUGAAAGGCCCAUCUCAUGAUCCUGAGGACUUCGUACUCAGAUGCCGUGUCAAGAUGGAACAAGAGUCUAUGGGCAAGAUCAAUAAUUACUGUCAAAAGACUAAAUUACAGCUUGAUUAUGUCAAAGUGAAGAGCACAGGCCCAUCUCAUGAUCCUGAGGACUUCGUACUCAGAUGCCGUGUCAAGAUGAAACAAGAGUCUAUGGGCAAGAUCAAUAAUUACUGUCAAAAGACUAAAUUACAGCUUGAUUAUGUCAAAGUGAAGAGCACAGGCCCAUCUCAUGAUCCUGAGUUCAAGGUUGUGGUUAAAAUAGACAACGUAGAAUAUGGCAGCGGCAGUGCUAAAUCUAAGAAGGAAGCAAAAGAGUUAGCAGCAAAAAAGACAUGGGAAAUGAUUGAACAACAGAGAACUGGACAAAAUUCUGCCAUUAAAUCCUCAAGAAAAUUGGCAGCUAAUUCCAGUCAUGCAAGAAACAAAGAAGAAGAAAAAAAGAUGUCAGAUUUAUGCAAAAGCUUGCCAAAUAUUUACAAAGAUACUAGGGAGGAAAAUGAAUACACUGUGGAUGAAAGAUUUCUUAAAGACUAUAAAAAUAUAGAGCCAAUUGGUGAAGGUGGUUUUGGGAAUGUUUUCAAAGCAACAGCAAAGACUGACGAGAUGAUCUAUGCAAUCAAGCGAGUUGAGCUUAAGGAGAAGGUGAAGCGUGAAGUACAAGGACUUGCAAGACUUCGAUAUAAAUACGUAGUGCAGUAUUAUUGUAGCUGGGAAGGGCUUGACUAUAUGACUUAUACACGCUCAAGGCAGAAGUCAGAAACAAAAAUUCCUUGCCUUUUCAUCCAAAUAGAAUUCUGUGAACAAGGAACACUGAAAAAUUGGAUUGAAAAUAAUAGACUAAAACAAAAGUAUAAUGAGAUGGCACUCAAAAAAUUUUUACAAAUACUGAAAGGAGUGAACUAUAUUCAUUCCAAAGGGUUAAUUCAUCGAGAUCUCAAGCCCCAGAAUAUAUUCAUAUCGCAUGAUGGAAAAAUAAAAAUAGGUGAUUUUGGCCUUGUGACCUCUAUGGCAUGUGAAUCUCUGACUGAGAACCAAGGAACAAAAUUAUACAUGGCACCAGAGCAGUUCUGUGACAACUAUGGAAAGGAAGUAGACAUUUAUGCACUGGGAUUAAUUUGUUUUGAAAUUCUUUCGGCAUUGGUCAGUCAUCAUGAGAAAAACGUGGUGUGGCACAAUGUAAGAGAAGGUAAAUUUCCAGAGGACUUCACCAAGCAAUUUAAAACACAGGCAUCCAUAAUCAGAAGGAUGCUUUCAAAGGACGCAUCAAAAAGGCCCUGUGCAUUUGAAAUAUUUGAGCAUUUGAAGCGUGCUGCUGCAGACAACUCACUUAAAGCUCAGUAAUCAGCAUGUUAAAAGUCUUCCAGAUCAUGCUUAAAUCCAGUUUGAAUCAAACUUAUGAAAUUCCAUAAAUCUAUCAGAAGCAAGAGCAAGACAUGGGAUACGUCUUUUCCAUGGUGUUCCGCCUUCCUGCCAUUGAGGAGCUUGCUGGCCAAAAUGGUCACAUCACCGUUCACUCCCAAUGGCUGCAGAUCAGAACAGCAAACAUCUGCAAACAAUCGCUUACAAUUUUUACGUGGAAACACAGGUUAGGUAUGAGCUGAACUAUAUUACACAAUAAGCACAGGAACCUACUCCUUGUCUCCCGUAAGACUGUGUUGAUGUGAUAACUGGCCUGUGGCAACUCUCCACGUGUGUGCUCUUAACACGUGCUCAAUCCGUUAUCAGCUGAAGUGGAUGAAGCUCUGUCUUGUGGCAUGUGAACCAAACCUUUCUUAUUUUUAAUAGCAAACUUUAUAUUAUUUACUAGACUCCCCCCCCGCCUUUAGACCAGAGGAGGUAAUGUGCUGAAUUGGAAAGAUUGAUUUUGGUAGGAAGAAUACUAGAAAGAGGUGGGGGUUAUUCUUUACUGAAUUUCAGGUCUUUAAAAUGAAUUUUCUUCUCACAAUAUCUCUAUCAGAACACCUAGCACCUUUAAUGGGCUAAAAUGUAAAUACUCUUUUAAAGUAGGUGUUCCUUGAGAAUGUAAAUGUUUUAAAUGUCAAGCACCUAGCUUCUAGGAAAUCCAGUUGAAAGAGAUUUAUCCUAAACUUUUGAAACCCUCGGGAUUUUUUUUGUUUUCUGAAACAAAGUUGGGGUACUCAGUCUCCAGCAUUUUCUCAGAAGUAACCAUUUUAAAUACUUUGUCAAAAGCACUUUAAACAUCCUCUCCCCCACACUGCUGGGUUUUAAUCAUUUAUUGUAGUACUGAGGCAUGUGCAACUGAUAACAGGUGUCCUGAACACCUCUAGUGGACUUACCAUCAGUUCUGCAAAAGGAAACAACAGAUUGCCUGUUACUAUUUGGUUACACACUUCAAAGACUACAGCUUUGGUAGAAUAGGAAGAAUUGUGCAGGGGAGUAAAGAUGGGCAAAUUAGCCCUUCUGAUUCUCAUUUUUGAAUUGCUUGAAAAGACACUGCUCACUCCUGUGGUACCACAUAAAGGCAUAUGCGCAGAGAUUCUAAGCAGGAAAAUAGGAAUGAUGUGAUGAUGUGUAGUACUGAUAAAUUAUAAUAGGAUUUUUCUGAAAUGUUAAACAGGUUAAAGGUGUGUUUGGUUAAAAAGAAUAAUAUAAAAGAAUACGUAGUAAUUUUUAUACUCUUAUGGAAAUCUAUUGUUGAUCCCCUAUAAGCGGUGCUAAAUAACGGUCUGAUUUUAUGUCCUUUUCUAAGAACUGUUUUUUUUUCCCCUUAUAAUGAAUGUUAUUGUUCAUAAAUAAAGCAUUCAAUUGUUUUGGACUAA